AUGAUCCAUACACCCACGUCACACGUUUUUGCUGUCAAACACAUUUCCGUUCAUCUGAAUUACCUCUCAAGACCUCUUAUUUCUCGAGAAUUGGCUGUUGGUACACGCUGUAAUCACCGAUCUGUGGUUACUUGUUACUGUGGUCUGUUUUGUGAAGGUGAUGUUCUUAUUGUUAUGGAGUUAAUGGAUACAUCUUUGGACAAAUUAUUAAAGAAAGUUUACAACCGUGGUCGUACUUUUCCUACCGACGUCCUAGCGUACAUUGUAUUAUCGGUUGUUGAGGCUCUGGAAUAUCUACAUCAACUUGAAGUUAUACAUCGUGAUGUAAAACCUUCAAACAUGCUUGCAGAUUGUCAAGGCCGUGUAAAGGUUUGUGAUUUUGGAAUAUCAGCCGAUUUAGAAAAUUCAAUCGCAUUAACCAACAUAGGGACAAGGGCUUAUUUAGCUCCGGAGCGAAUUAAUACACGAGAGAAUGAAGGGUUUUGUAUUCGUUCAGAUGUAUGGUCGCUUGGUUUGAGUGUACUUGAAUUAGCAACUGGAAAACCUUGCUAUCCUCAAUCGCAAAAUGUAUUUCAGCAAUUGGUCCAGGUUGUUCACGAACCAUCACCACAAUUGCCAGAAUCAAGUUGUUAUCCGAAUUCACUACGUAAAUUCAUUGAUUCAUGUCUUAUGAAAAACAAGGAUGAUAGACCGAAUUAUGUUCAACUACUGGAGUCAGAAUUCUUAUCAACCGUUGACGCUAAAAGUGGUCAAGAAUCAUUUAGAAUAUUUUUAGCAGAUUAUCUUGAUGAUAAUGAAAAAUGUUGAUAAUUCAUGAUAAAAUCCCUUGUUAUCAUUGAUAAUGAUGUUAACUUACUUAAAAAGUAAGUACAUGUAUAAAUUUUCUCAAUCACAUCAUAAACAUUAGGUUAUAUGUAGUAGGAAUUACUUUUUCUUUGCCUGCUUUCAUUAACAAAAAUUGUUUACUAACCUAUAUGUGAUACAUUCCGGUUUUUUCUAAUUUCCAAAUUUUAAGAGAUUUCUUUGCUCCUAUUUGUAUAUCAGUGAUGAUAGCAAACUAAUCUUUUGGCCAGCC